AUGGCAACGACUUCUGCAGUGUUUUCUCCUCGUGACACAAUACCGGCCGCUGUGAAAAUGGUUCCACAAAGUUGUAAAUUGCCCUACAGAGUUAGCAGUCCUGAACAACCAGUUGAAUGGUCCGAUAUUGAAGAAGCAGAGAAGCCUUACGGAUGCAACAUUGACAAACGGGUACUUACUGCUUUUGUCGUAACACCUUUACAGAGAAAGAGGUAA